CAUCUGAGCUGAGGAGACAGCAUUCCUGAAUCAGCACUCUUUCAGCAAAUGGGCCCUGCAUUGAGAAUGGAGAUGUGGCUUCUGAUUCUCGUGGCAUAUUUGUUCCAAAGAAAUGUGAAUUCUGGAUGUAUGCCAACUAAAGCUGCGGACCCAGAAGCAUUCAUGAAUAUUAGUGAAAUCAUCCAACACCAAGGCUAUCCCCAUGAGGAGUAUGAAGUUGCAACGGAAGAUGGGUAUAUCCUGUCUGUGAACAGAAUUCCUCAAGGCCUAGCGCGACCCAGGAGGACAGGUCCCAGGCCCGUGGUGUUACUGCAACAUGGGCUGCUUGGAGAUGCCAGCAACUGGAUUUCCAACCUGCCCAACAACAGCCUGGGCUUCAUCCUGGCAGAUGCUGGUUUUGACGUGUGGAUGGCGAACAGCAGGGGAAACACCUGGUCUCAGAAGCACAAGAGCCUCUCCAUAGAGCAAGAUGAGUUCUGGGCUUUCAGUUAUGAUGAGAUGGCUAGGUUUGACCUUCCUGCAGUCAUAAACUUUAUUUUGCAGAAAACGGGUCAGGAAAAGAUCUAUUAUGUCGGCUAUUCACAGGGCACCACCAUGGCCUUUAUUGCAUUUUCCACCAUGCCAGAGCUGGCUCAGAAAAUCAAAAUGUAUUUUGCUUUAGCUCCCAUAGCCACUGUUAAACAUGCAAAAGGCCCUGGUACCAAAUUUUUGUUGCUGCCGGCUAUGAUGAUCAAGGGAUUGUUCGGUAAACAAGAAUUUCUGUACCAGACGAGAUUUCUCAGAAAGUUUGUUAUUUACCUUUGUGGCCAGGUGAUUCUUGAUCAGAUUUGUAGCAAUAUUAUGUUACUUCUGGGAGGAUUUAACACAAACAAUAUGAACGUGAGCCGAGCAAAUGUAUAUGUCGCUCAUACUCCUGCUGGAACAUCUGUGCAAAAUAUCCUACACUGGAGCCAGGCAGUGUAUUCUGGGGAACUCCAGGCAUUUGACUGGGGGAACGAGACUAAAAAUCUGGAGAAAGGCAAUCAGCCAACUCCCACGAGGUACAAAGUCAGAGACAUGACAGUCCCUACAGCAAUGUGGACUGGAGGUCAGGACUGGCUUUCAAACCCAGAUGAUGUGAAAACAUUGCUGCCCGACGUGACCAACCUUAUCUACCAUAAGAACAUUCCCGAAUGGGCACACGUGGAUUUCAUCUGGGGUCUGGAUGCCCCUCACCGUAUGUACAAUGAAAUCAUACAUCUGAUGAAGCAGGAGGAAACCAGCCUUUUCUAGGGAACAUGUGGGGUCAGACGGCAAAGCAUCUGAUACUGACAAAUUUUAGGAAAAACCUCAUAGCUGAUGGGGCUGGGGUCUGAGAAUGGAGGUCUUUAAGGAUUUCCAGAAUUGAAAAUCUACCAUAUCAGUAGAAGGGAGGUGGAGAAGGGAGGGCAGAGAUGUAGUACAUAUUCCUUCCAAUUUCCUGCAUUCGGCACUAAAACUGACAUUUAAGUUGUUUUGUUUUUUGUCUUUCAGUUAAUUAAACUACUCAUGGGGUGAAAAUGGGUUUCAUGUGCUAUUAUAUAUUUUACCAUCUUGAAGGGUAGGCUUCACCUAACCACUAGAAAUAUCUAGGCAUUCUCUAUAUGUCAUUCAGGUAAACCUCCUUAAAACAUUAAUUUUUUUUCUGUAAGCCAUAUUUUGGAGCAAUAAAGUAAAAUAAUAAAUUGGGA